AUGCCCAACAUUCUUACCGGCGUUGUCACGAAGACGGGGGCUAUGGCCAAGACGAUCACUGUCACUAUCGGCAGCAAGCGUCCGCACCCCAAGCUCCUCAAGAUGAUGUUCAAGACGCACAAGAUGCUCGUCCACGACGAGGAGGAGAAGUUGCGACCCUUCAUCAGCCCAGUUACCGCUGAUGUACCAUCGAGCACAGCUGACACUUUACCAGAGGGCCGUGUCGGCGACCAUGUCACGAUCAUCCACGGACGGCCAAUCUCGAAGCGCAAGCACUUCACGCUGCGCUCGAUCGACUUCCGCCCCGAGCUCGAGCACAUCCCGGCCGCGCCGGAGAUCGAGCGCAUCUCGCGCAGGGCGAACGGCAUCAUGGAGCAGAUGAGGAGAGAGAAGGCCAAGCUCGACGCCACCAAGGCCGCCGAGGCCGAGGCUGAGGCCAAGACGACGGCGCAGUAA